AUGGACCCUGAAGUCAAAGAAAUCUUGAUUGCUGCUCAGAUGUCAUGUGAAGGCUGCUCAAGAAAUAUCAGACGCAUCAUAGAAAAGGUUGAUGGUGUAAAAAGUAUUGAUUGCAAUGUUGCUGAACAAAAGUGCAGAGUUCUUGCAGAAAAUAAAGUACAGCCUCAAAUUCUUUUGGAUUCUUUGAAAGAUUGGUCAGAGUCAUCUGGAAAGCGUAUUUCACUUAUCACAGAAUAG